AUGGCCCCAGUAACUGGCUCUAGUAACUGUGGCUCUAGUAACUUUCCCCCCAGUAACUGUGACUCUAGUAACUGUGAUUCUAGUAACUAUGGCCCCAUAACUGUGACUCUAGUAACUGUGACCCAUGUAACUAUGGCUCUAGUAACUAUAUCCCCAGUAACUGUGACUCUAGUAACUGUGGCCCAUGUAACUAUGGCUGUAGUAACUAUAUCCCCAGUAACUGUGACUCUAGUAACUGCGACCCAUGUAACUAUGGCUCUAGUAACUAUAUCCCCAGUAACUGUGACUCUAGUUACUGUGACCCAUGUAACUAUGGCUCUAGUAACUAUAUCCCCAGUAACUGUGACUCUAGUAACUGGCUCUAGUAACUGUGGCCCCAUAACUGGCUCUAGUAACUGUGACCCAUGUAACUAUGGCUCUAGUAACUAUAUCCCCAGUAACUGUGACUCUAGUAACUGUGACCCAUGUAACUAUGGCUCUAGUAACUAUAUCCCCAGUAACUGUGACUCUAGUAACUGUGGCCCAUGUAACUAUGGCUCUAGUAACUAUAUCCCCAGUAACUGUGACUCUAGUAACUGUGGCCCAUGUAACUAUGGCUCUAGUAACUAUAUCCCCAGUAACUGUGACUCUAGUAACUGUGACCCAUGUAACUAUGGCUCUAGUAACUAUAUCCCCAGUAACUGUGACUCUAGUAACUGUGACCCAUGUAACUAUGGCUCUAGUAACUAUAUCCCCAGUAACUGUGACUCUAGUAACUGUGACUCUAGUAACUGUGACCCAUGUAACUAUGGCUCUAGUAACUACGAUACCUUAAGAGCCCCGCUCCCCCACCGCCCACAGCGACCUACCACCACCCUCCCCCCUGCUCCCCCCACCAGCUUCAGCACUGUGGCUCCACCAGCUACAUCCUCACCACCGGCAGCCGCCACCGCAGCCCCGGCACUGCCCCACCCCCUGCUGCUGGAAGCUGCCACCGUGCCCGGAAAUAUUGCGCCCUUCACGGUCACGCCUUUCACGGUUACGCAGUGGGAGCUUAGGAUGGAGCGCAAACGAAAGAAGAGCAGCGAAUCCUUGGAGAAAGACGACGAGUCAAUCUCUUGUGCUGACCUCAACGACAGCGAUGGCCGACAACCCGGGUUAAGUCCAAUGAACAAACAAAACCACAGCGAGAUAGAGAAGAGGAGACGGGACAAGAUGAACACGUACAUCACCGAGUUGUCCGCCCUGAUUCCCAUGUGCAGCGCCAUGAACCGGAAGUUGGACAAACUCACGGUACUGCGCAUGGCCGUGCAGCAUAUCAAUUCCCUCAAAGGUACCACCAAAGUAUGUUCUGAAAUGAGCGACAAACCAUCUUUCAUCUCAGAAGAUGAUCUCAAACAGCUCAUCUUGAACGUUGCCGAUGGUUUUCUAUUUGUUGUUGGUUGUGAUCGAGGCAGAAUCUUGUACGUCUCAGAGUCGGUCAAAGACAUCUUACAGUAUUCACAGUCUGACUUGAUUGGCCAAAGCCUGUUUGACAUUCUCCACCCACGUGACAUCAGCAAGGUCAAGGAACAACUGUCGUCUUCAGACCUGACCCCAAGAGAGCGGCUCAUCGAUGCAAAAACAAUGCUUCCAGUAAAAACUGAAUACCCACAGAAACCCACUCAUCUUUGCUCUGGGGCACGGAGAUCAUUUUUCUGUCACAUGAAAUCAGCUGGGAAAGUCUCCGCAGACCUAGCAGCCUCCAUCAAAGUUAAAAAGGAAUUAAUGGAGACAACGUACCACCGCAAGAGGAAAUCAGAGCGUAAAAAUUUCAAAGUGAUCCAUUGCACUGGAUACCUAAAAUCCUGGAGCAAGGCCAAAAUUGGCCUGGAUGAGGAUAGCGAGGCAGAUAAUGACUGUUCCAUUCUGAACUGUUUAGUGGCCAUUGGCCGAGAGCAGCCGACCUAUAACCCCUACCUGGCGGAGGAGAGUAGUCACAUAAAAGUCAGGUCCCUGGAGUAUAUGUCCAGGCAUAAUGUGGAUGGGAAGUUUACAUACGUUGAUGAAAGGGCAACUGUAAUUCUUGGCUAUCUGCCCCAAGAGUUACUAGGCACAUCUGUUUAUGAGUAUUACCACCAAGAUGAUAUUCCAACAUUAGGUCAAGUUCAUAGAAAAGUUUUAUCUUCAAAAGAAAAGAUAGAGACAGACGUUUAUAGGUUCAAAUUGAAAAACGGAAAAUUUAUUCAUCUCAAGUCUCGGUGUUUUGGUUUCCGGAAUCCAUGGACAAAAGAAGUUGAAUAUAUUGUAUCCACAAACACAGUUGUACAUAUGCAGGAAGUUACCAGCUCAGGGCAGAUGUUUGAUGCAACACUUUCAUUACCUGAAGAAAGCAAUGAGUUUCAAGCGAUGGAUAUGAUGGCUGAGCUUGCGUCUAGCUCUAAAUCAACCAUACCAAAUAUCCCCGGCAUAUUGGGUGGGACUUUAGCAGGUGCUGGAAGGAUAGGUAAACAGAUUGCUGAUGAGUGCAUGGAACAGCUCAACAAAACUCCGUCAGCCCAUGCAGACAGCAGUAACCUCACCCAAGCCAACAACCCACCCCAUUUUUUACCCCCUAUGGUCCCCAACAACUUCACACUCCGACCUCCUACCUCCGCGCCAACCAAUACCAACUCUUCGCUGUCGUCCCAGUUUAACAGUAACAUGAACAACAUCAUCAGUAACAAUAACAACAAUAACAACAACAAUCACAGUACUCAUAUCCCUUCAGGCUCCUCCAACUGGUUUGACGUCAGCCAUGUUGAAAGAUCUGGCAAUGGCCUCAGCCUCCUCCACACACACUCCCACUCGGACGACUCGUCCACCGAGGGCUCCCUCAUUCAGAGCGUCAUGCAAGAACAAACCAUGGACAACAUCCAGAACCCAGGGAACGACGUCAACGACGAGGCGGCGUUAGCGUUUUUAAUGAGUUUGCUUGAAGCAGACGCAGGGCUGGGGGGCCCAGUGGACUUUAAUGAUCUCCCUUGGCCAUUGUGAUAUUUGCCGUGCUGUUUUGUUAUUUAUUGUUGGUCUC